AUGAAGGAUGAUGAAGAGGUGUUGGAGCCUGAUGUUCCAUACCUAAGUACAAUUAAUGCUCUAUUGUACUUGGCUCAAUGCACUAGACUCGACAAAUCCUUUGCUGUAAAUCUUUCAGCAAGAUGCAGCAAUGCGACUACUCGUAAACACUGGAAUGGUCUUAAAUUAUCUGCUACCUCAAAGGUUAUCUGUUUGAACCACAUAGGGACAUUUUGGAAUGGGUAUGUCUUUACCAUUAGAGACACUGCAAUAUCUUGGAGGUCUACUAAGCGAUUACUAGUUGUGACUUCUUCGAACCACGCUGAGAUUCUUGCAUUGCAUGAAGCUUUGCGUGAAUGCUUUUGGUUGAGAGCAGUCAUUGAACAUAUUUGA